AUGGCGACUCAUUGGCCAAUGAGAAAAGAGAGGUGCUCCCGUGGCUCCGCCUGCCUUGCUAGAUGGUCGGUGUCCUCCUUGAUGCUCCUAUGGUUGCCGUGGGUGUUGCUGUGGCUGCCGUUGCCCACCCGAGCUGAACAAGUAGGCGGCGGGGUACACGGCGGGAAGGUGCUCCACAGUUCCCUGUCGUCGUCCUCGUCAUCUUCCUCGUCCUCCUCCUCGUCCCCAUCCAGCUCCUCGGCGUGGGGCUUCAACACGAGGCAGAGCGGGGGGCAGCUGGACUGGCUGCUGUCAGAGAAAGGACCUUUCCACAGAUGUCCAGAGUACACAGAGUUCAGAGAGAGGUUCCAGCAGGGAUUUUCUACCAGAUACAAGAUUUACAGGGAGUUCAGCCACUGGAAGGUGAACAGCCUGGCAACAGAGAAGAGAGAUUUCCUCAAAGCUCCGUUACCCUUAGCACCAGAGUUUCUACGCAACCUGCGGUUACUGGGGCGACGGCCAACCCUGCAGCAAAUCAACGAAAACCUCAUCAAGAAGUAUGGGACCCACUUCCUAGUCUCUGCUACCCUGGGAGGAGAGGAGUCUUUGACCAUUUUCCUGGACAAGCAGAAGCUGAACAAGAAGUCGGAGGGUAACAGCAACAGCUCGGUGGUGUCUCUGGAGCUGCUCCAUCAGCUGGCCGCUUCUUACUUCACAGAUCGAGAGAGCACCCUAAGGCGACUGCACCACCUCCAGAUUGCCACCUCUGCUAUCAAGGUAACCGAAACAAGGACGGGCCCUCUCGGCUGCAGUAACUACGACAGCUUGGAUUCAGUUAGCUCGGUGUUGGUGCACAGUCCGGAAAAUAAGAUCCACCUAAAGGGCUUGCAAGAUGUCCUGCCAGAGUUCCUGCGUGGGCGUUUUGUGGAGGCAGCCCUCAGCUAUGUGGCGUGCAACUCAGAGGGUGAGUUGCUCUGCCGCAACAAUGACUGCUGGUGCCGGUGCUCUCCCCGCUUCCCAGAGUGCAACUGUCCCUUUGCUGACAUCAAGGUCAUGGAAGAGAACCUAGAGAAGAGCAAAGAGGCCUGGGCCAGCUUCAACCAAGAGUUCAUGGAAUCAGAUGAAUUCAAAGCCCUCCUGAAGCGCUUGCCCACAGACCGGUUUUUGAACGUGUCCAUGAUUGCCAAGUUCUGGUCGGCUGACUUGUCCCUCCAGAAGCGCUAUGCCCAGCUGGAGUCCAGCACUGCCCUGGUCCUGAGCAAAGCCCAGAAGGUCGUCAGGAAACUGUUCACCCUGAGCAAACGCUGCCCCAAACAUCCUCGCAUCAGUCUGCCCAGAGAGAGGACUGUUAGGUUUUGGUUGAACAGGGCUCAGUCUCUGCUCUACUGCAACGAGCACGGAGUGCUGGGCUCCUUCUCCGAGGAGGUGAAGAGCUGUAGCUGCCCUGCGGAGCAGCCCACCUGCCAGGGAGUCAUUCCCUGCGUUGUGGGCACCGCCUCCACCUCCUGCUCCUCCUGUGGCACUGACAACGCAACCCGCUGCGGAGCCUGUCACCACGGCAACCUCCUCCACCUGGGUUCCUGCAGGCCAAGCAUCGCUGCAUCCCAGGAUCACUACCUGAACUUUGACCUGGACCUACCUGAUGCUGAGGUGAAGUACCUGCUCCAGCGAUUGGACAGUCGAAUCGAGGUCCACGCCAUUUACAUCAGCAACGACGUGCGCCUGGGAAGCUGGUUCAAUCCUGCCUGGAGGAAGAGAAUGUUGCUGACGCUCAAGAGUAACAAAAACAAGUCCAAUCUCAUCCACAUGCUGAUGGGCAUUUCUUUCCAGAUAUGCUUGACUAAGAAUUCAACUCUGGAGCCCGUGCCUGCGAUUUAUGUGAAUCCUUUCGGGGGGAGUCACUCAGAGAGCUGGUUCAUGCCAGUGAACCAGCCUGACUUCCCUGACUGGGAGAGAACUCGACUGGACGCCGUCGUCACGGCGCAGUGCUACAACUGGACACUGUCUCUGGGCAACAAAUGGAAGUCCUUCUUUGAGACGGUGCACAUCUACCUGCGAAGCCGCAUACUCACGGAUGAUCCAACGGCGAAUGAGACUCUCUUCUAUGAACCAUUGGACCUGGAUGACCAGACGUCUAACCUGGGGUACAUGAAGAUCAACACGCUCAAAGUGUUUGGAUACAGCAUGCACUUCGAUCCUGAGGGCAUCAAGGACCUGAUUCUCCAGCUGGACUACCCCUACACGCAGGGUACGCAGGACGCUGCCUUUCUGAUGUUGUUGGAGAUGAGGGACCGGAUUAACCGACUGUCUCCACCAGCGCCGCAGCCGCUGGACCUGUUUUCUUGUCUGUUGCGCCACCGGCUCAAGCUGUCGGCCGGAGAGGUGGCACGCAUCAAGGACUCUCUGCAGAUGUUCAACUCCAAGCUUCCCAACGCUUCUCCUGAACCUGAGCUGGCCCUGCUGUGCAGCUAGCUAUCUUAGCACACAAGUCAGGUUCAGGAGUGAUGCUACUCACACAAAGUGCAGCCAUUGCUGCUAGACUGAGCUAUGGGAGGUCCUACUAAGUUAGCCUCUUGAACCCAAAUCUGGAUAAUUAGGACAACCUAACUCUAAAAGGCUGACUAGGCUAGGCGUUUCUUACGGUCACUCUUGGCUGGAUUACUGGUGUCACAUGGUGUUUGUUUUUUUUUAAUCAGAAAUUGCUACCAGAGCCCUUUGAUGAACAUUGAAGUCAUGUUGUGGACUUUUGGGAGACCAGCUGAUACUUGGACUCUCUUUCGGAGACUCUAUUGUACUAGCCUGGAGGCUUACUUUUGCUAUUACUGCCCUGCUUUUGGCAAACCCGGAUGAAGUUAAGAGACUGGAUGAAGUUAAGAGACUAUCUUACAACAUUGUGAUUUUGGAACCUCAAAGAGCCGAUGUCAUUAGGUAUACCUAAGACAUCUGCCUUGCAAAAGCGAUUUUGAUAUGUAAAGAGGAACUCUUAAGGGGUCUUCAAAAAUGAGUAAAUAGAAGAGAAGAUUUCCCCUUUUCUAACCCUAUUUUCUUUGGCUACAGAACA